GCCACUUGGGACCUCCGCUCGCUCUCACGGCCUUCGCCUCUCCUCCUCUGUCUCCGCCACCUUCGCCGCACGCCUCACUCCUCGCACAGAGCUAGACGCCGUGCCGACCGCCAUCCAGCAGCCCAGCCAGAACCUGCCUGAGCCCCAGCCCAGCUACACCCAAGCCAAGUCAGACACUAUGGAUAUCGCCAUCCAGCACCCUUGGUUCAGACGCGCCAUGGGCUCCCUCUACCCCGCCCGCCUCUUCGACCAGUUUUUCGGAGAGGGAAUGUUCGACUAUGACCUCUUCCCCUAUACCGCCUCAACCAUCAGCCCCUACUACAGACAGUCGCUCUUCCGCAACUUCAUGGAUUCCUCCAACUCUGGCAUCUCUGAGGUGAGGUCUGACAGAGACAAGUUCAGCGUCCACCUGGACGUCAAGCACUUCUCCCCAGAUGAGCUCAACGUGAAGAUCACCGACGACUACGUGGAGAUCCAAGGCAAGCACGGAGAAAGACAGGAUGACCAUGGUUACAUCUCUCGUGAGUUCCACCGCCGCUACCGCCUCCCCUCCAACGUGGACCAGUCGGCGAUCACUUGCACGCUGACCACCGAUGGCCUCCUGUCCCUGAACGGCCCAAAGGUCAGCGGGGGCAACGAGUCUGGCCGCGGUGACCGCAGCAUCCCAGUCACCCGUGACGAUAAGCCUAACGCUGCCCCAUCCUCCUAAGUGGACGCCAGCCGGCAACCAGGUGGAACCAUUGAGGGCACGGGGGGUGGCAAAGGGCACAUGCAGGGGCUUCUCUUCCAAACAAAGCAGCCAUGUGGCUGGGGCCUGGCGUAGGGAUGCACACCCCCCCUCCCUACCCCCCCCCCUCCAAGGCUCCACUCUACUCCCUUCCUUUCUCCACCUCCCUCUCCCCCUGACCCCCACCCCUAAAGGAUAUCAGUGUAUUUGUAGCCUAAUAUAUUCUCCUUCUUUAGAUGAUUCUAGAACAUUAUGAUAAUAUUAAUAUUCUUGUUAUAAUUAUGAUGAUUCACUUCCCAUGAGGAUGGAUAAAGAGAAGAGGGGUGGUGGGGGGCAGGUACCUUUUAAGGGUUGAACAGAGGAUUACAUGACCGUAGCUUUCUACCUCCUCUGUCAACACAAGAGCUGUCACCCUAAGAACACCAUGGGUAGUUUUCCAAGUGCCAAGGGUUUCCCCACGUGGCCACUCUGCUUGCCCUACUCCCCUUAUUACAUGAGCAUAUUUGGACGAGAGAAAGAGGGUCAACAUAGUUGGGGUACAGUUCAGACCAUGGUCCUACACUUACCACCCACCUGGAUUUUUCCAUUCCUGUGUCAAUUUUUCCAAACCCUUCUCUUUUGUCACUGAAUAUUUCCUGUCUUGUAGUGUUAGCCCUGUCCGACUGAUAUCUGACCAUCACCCAAGAAGUCUACUAAAAGGUAUACACAAUAAAGUUGUACAAUUAACAAAA